UGGUUUAAACAUCUAUGUUUUUAAUAUAACCUCGUUUCUGCAGAGUAAAGUACAAAAUAUGUAUGAAUGAAAGUAAUUAAUUAUAAAUCACAGAGAUAGCAAUAAUAAUUGAUUACGAGGGUAAAGAAUUUAUCUCGAUGCAUGAUGAUCAGUACUUCUGCUAUAUGAAAUUAAUCAUCACAGAUAUGAGUGAUAUUAUAUGUGGAAAAAGAAGAAGUAUUGUAAGGAGAAUAGGUUCUUUUUUACCUCUGAGGCCACCACCAAAAAUAUAUGUCAGUGUAACACCAUUACAUUCGAUGACAAGUUCAAUGAUUAAUGAGGAAACUAGUAACACUUAUGUCGAUACAAAUGGAUAUGGUUCUAUGAGGCUUUCCAGUAGUAGACCAGAUCUACUACAACCAAUUAGUUUUGGAUCUGAAGUAAGAUUACUUGCGUUGGAACAAGAGUUGCAAGAGCUUAGAGAACAAAUCUCAACAAUUGUAAAAAAUAAUAAACUGUCUAAGUAUGCAUCUGUUACAUCUUUACCCAGUGGAGCAGACAAAGGAAAAUCUUUGACAAUAUCACCACCACCUCCACCUCCUCUUCCGCCGCCUACAACACCACAUAUCGCGAGAAGAGCUAGUCUGCAAGAUCAUAAAAUUGAGGAGCGCAAAAAAAUUCCACUGAAUGCGCAGAAAUCAACAGAUAAUAUACUUAAAGAUAUCGAUAAUAUAAAAUUAAAAUCAAUUGCAAGAUCUCCAGGUGGACAUUCUAUUCGGAUAAAACGUGAAAAUAGUCCAUGUAAUGAUUUGCAGGAAAUUUUACGCAGACGAUACAUCGCAAUGCAAUCUCCCAACAAUAGGAAUUCAUCAGUUAACUUAACUAUAGACAAUUUGUUUUGAACACUAUAUGUGUGUGACAAUAUUCUGGAGUAUUUUCAUUGUAUGUAUAUGUUGAAAUUUAGAACUUCACAAGCAAGCACUCUCUUGUGACACACAUACACACACACUGAAGCAUAUAUAUACAGGAUGGUUUAAAAGUUUAGAAACGACCAAUUAUUUUCGAAAAUAGUGGUUCUAUGGGAAAAUAUUUUCAAAAAAGUUUAAAACGAUCUAUUUAUUGAUCUCAUCAAUUUAAUCUUGGAUGACGUUGUCAAAGUUAGGGCAAGUCGCCUUAAAUUUUUUAAAAUCCUAUAUUCUUGUAACUUACUUUGAGAGCUUUCUAAACUGCUAUAAUUGAGUUAUAUUUUAUUAAGUAUUUCUUUUAUAAGAUGAAAUAAUUUUGGUAAUUAUUUACAUUAACGAUAUCUCGCCGAUGAGCUUGAUCUUUACAUAUGUUGUAGAGAUGAGGUUGCUGAUUGAUGAAUUUUUCUCUUUAUUUUAUUUGGUGGUCUCUUAUAGUUUUUGAAAUAUUUAACAAAAAAGGUUUUUUGUGUGUGUGCGCGCGCGCAUGGGGAAGACAUAUGCAAUAAAAAAUUGGGGUUUCCAUUUUAAAAAAUCAUGUUGGCCUUAACUUUGCCUUAACCCCUUCACUCAAGGUCAAACGGAUAUGAUCAUUGAAUAGAACUUUUAAAACCCUACAACUUUGAUUGGAAACAUUUUUGUCAGAAACGUUUUGUUUUCGAGAUAUUUGACCAUUUCCAGACUUUUCUAACACCCUGUAUAUAAUAUAUAUAGCUUGCUGCGAUCACUAAUAAUAAUAAUGAUUAUGUGAGUGAGUGAGUGAGUGAGUGAGUAGAAAAGAGAAAAAGAGACAAAAUGUGUGUCCGCGCGCGUACGUGUGUGUUUGUGUGUAAUAAAAAUUGUAGUAUCGUUUGCAAUGAAUACAAUGAUGUAUGAUUUAAUGUAAAUAUUUUACAUAUUG